AUGGCAAAAGAUAAAAUCCAACUAUCCAUUGCUGAAGAGGUGGAAGAGGAACAAAUGUUCGGCCCUUUUACACACAAACAAGUAGCCCGACAUUUCCCAUUUUUCCCGACUAGCCCAUUAGGAUCCGUGGUUAACGCAGACAGAAAGAUGAGACCUAUUAUCAACUUUUCAUCCCCGAAAAGAGACAACUCCAUCCCCUCGGUCUAUUCGUUUGUCAACAAGGCCAAUUUCAAGACGACUUGGGACGAUUUCAACAUCGUUGCGGAUUUCUUCCGGAAGAACCAGGGACCUUUUCAGCUAGGUCUUUUUGACUGGGAGAAAGCCUACAGACAGAUUCCGACUAGGAUGGAUCAGUGGCCCUUUCUAAUGGUCCAAGAUCUGGAAAAAAUUUUAUACCUCGACACCCGCAUCACAUUUGGUGGUGUGGCAGGAUGUGACUUUGCGGACGAACAGAAAUUUAUUGGAUUCAUCUGGAACGGGGUGGAUUUGACUGUUCGAUUGACAACAAAGAAGUUAGAUGAGAGGCGGAGCCAAAUCGGUGAAUUCUUAAUUCCGAAGAAGGAAUUCAGGUUCAAUGAGGCAGAAGUUUUAGCCGGAAGACUCAAUCACGUCUCAUAUCUGUUACCCCAGCUUAGGGCCUACAUCAGGGGCGUAUAUCGUUGA